UAUUUUUGAAGACCAGGUAACCUGUAUCUCCAUCCUGACCUAAUUAGUUAGUUUUAAAUAUACUCCGCCUUGGUAUAUACGAUGUAGGAGUAUCAAAAACCUGUAUCUUACGAUGCUGUUACUGGACACAACACAGGCACCGAGAUUUAUUCAUUUCCCAAGAUGCACUUUGGUAAACGGCAGUAAAGAUGGCCGACCACACGCCGAGUCGACACGAGAAAAGUCUUGGCUUGUUGACCACAAAAUUCGUUACCCUGUUGCAAGAAGCUCAAGAUGGGGUCCUAGAUUUGAAAGCGGCUGCUGACACACUUGCUGUGCGACAAAAGAGAAGAAUAUACGACAUCACGAAUGUUCUCGAAGGCAUUGGGUUGAUAGAGAAGAAGUCCAAAAACAGCAUACAGUGGAAGGGUGCUGGCCCAGGAUGCAACACCACAGAAAUAGCCAAUCGGUUGGUCGGCUUGAAGAAAGAGAUCAGUGAUUUAGAGGCGCGGGAACAAAUGCUCGACACUCACAAGUUAUGCGUGCAGCAGAGUAUAAAGAAUGUUACUGAUGAUAUGGGCAACCACAAAUUAGCCUAUGUAACUCAUGAAGACAUUUGUAAGUGCUUCCAGGGAGACACGUUAUUAGCUAUCCAGGCACCGUCGGGGACGCAACUAGAAGUGCCAAUACCAGAGGGGGGACCAGGACAAAAGAAAAAAUACCAGAUUCACCUUAAAAGUCAUUCUGGGCCGAUCUAUGUGCUGUUAGUGAAUAAAGAUACUGACUCGUCAAGUCCAGUGGUUGUCCAGGUGCCCCCACCAAGAGAGGACGGUGCUUCCAAUCAGAAUAUAGACCCAGCUUCUGUGCCAAGCGGUCAAAAGGCCGGCAGUCCAUUGAGAUCUCCAGCUAAAGCUACCCUCCGGCCGACACAACAACACCCAGUUAAAAUGGACACAUCACAGACACCGCUUUCUCCGGUUCCUGCCACAAGAAUGGCGACAAGGUCAUCACCACGGAAACAGAGUGAUGCAACGGCGUCCCCGAUAGCACAGUUAAAACCAGAACCAAUGCAGACUGCCUCGUCACCUUUACCUGUUUCAGCUAAUGCCUCACUGCCACCACCAGCCCAGCCCAGCACGAGUCGGGCUGACCCACUCAGGGAUUUCAAUGUGUUGUCUCUAGUUUCAGCUAAUGCCCCACAGCCACCACCAGCCCAGCCCAGCAUGAGUCAGGCUGACCCACUCAGGGAUUUCAAUGUGUUGUCUCUAGUUUCAGCUAAUGCCCCACAGCCACCACCAGCCCAGCCCAGCAUGAGUCAGGCUGACCCACUCAGGGAUUUCAAUGUGUUGUCUCUAGUUUCAGCUAAUGCCUCACUGCCACCACCAGCCCAGCCCAGCACGAGUCAGGCUGACCCACUCAGGGAUUUCAAUGUGUUGUCUCUAGUUUCAGCUAAUGCCUCACAGUCACCACCAGCCCAGCACAGCAUGAGUCAGGCUGACCCACUCAGGGAUUUCAAUGUGUUGUCUCUAGUUUCAGCUAAUGCCUCACAGUCACCACCAGCCCAGCACAGCAUGAGUCAGGCUGACCCACUCAGGGAUUUCAAUGUGUUGUCUCUAGUUUCAGCUAAUGCCUCACUGCCACCACCAGCCCAGCCCAGCAUGAGUCAGGCUGACCCACUCAGGGAUUUCAAUGUGUUGUCUCUAGUUUCAGCUAAUGCCCCACAGCCACCACCAGCCCAGCCCAGCACGAGUCAGGCUGACCCACUCAGGGAUUUCAAUGUUAUGUUUGAUCCAGCAAAAGAUCCAGUUGAUGGUGAACUAAUAGAUGAACUAAUGGCCUCUGAAAUGUUUGCACCGUUACUGCGACUGAGUCCGCCACCUAGUGAGAAGGAUUAUUACUUCAAUUUGGAUGAUAAUGAGGGAGUGUGUGAUCUGUUCGAUGUGCCUUUCAUAUCAAUGUAAAAAUAGACUCUGUAACUGCACAGGAUAGAUCACUUGUAUAUUGAAUGUUUAUGUGUUUCCCCGGGGGUGUUAUUAUGGUUAUUGCACUGACAUGUAACUUGAAGAAUCAUUCGUGUUAGGACUAUCUUGGUCUUGGAGCCAAUAGGUAACUUUGCUGAGAAACUUGGUUAACAAUUUGAAAUGGCUGAUUAUCAAAAUAUGUCGUGACAAGAAAAGGUAUGUUGGCCUACCAUAGAACUUGCUCACAGAGAGCUUUCCAGCAAAGGGUUUGGCAGGGAUGCGUACUUGUAAGAUUCUAUGUCUAUAUUGUCUACAAUGUUGGGCCAUUGUGUAGAUAUUAUUGGAAUAUUUGCUGAUGUGACCCAAAUAUAUUGUGAGGGUUAGGAAAAUCCUUAAUGAAUACGCUGGAAUUAAAAAUACUCCAAAUUUGAUCAAAAAAUAGAUUUGUCCCAAGUAUACGGAAUUGGGUAAGUUGCCGUGGUUAUGUCAAUUCUGGUUCUUCAGAUCUUAAUAUUUUAAAAACCUAAUCACAACUUGGGAACAGCGUUUUGUUUCUUCUGAAAAUGAUCUAUUUAUAAGAACAUGUACAAAUUUAUAUGAAAUGAGAGUUUGAUGAGCUUCGAAAAGUAUGAAAUGGUUAGGUCACAAUGUUACAGAAAUUAUUCAUGAAAUUUGGACAAGAAAUUGUACAUAAUCAGGAAAGUAGCCUGGUUGGCAUUUUAGUUUUUAUUAUCAUAUUUCAACACAAAACUUGUGUUUGUAAAAUAAAAAUCCUGGAGAGGCAUUACAUUGUUUUAGUUCUUAAUCUUAUUGUACAGUAAUUGUUUGUAUUUUCUAAAAGUUCGUAUAAUUCAUAUGCUAUGUUUAGUAAAGUGUCAGGCGAAUUAAAUAUAUGAAUUCGGCAAUUGAAUUUGGAACAAUUGCAGUAUUUUCAACAGACAAGUUUCUUUCUAGAUCAUGGCACAUUUGUGUUAUUCUGUGUCAAGAGGCUUCUUUUCCAUGUUAGGCCUAUAAGGCUUGCAGGCAUGAUAGACCUAUUGUACAUUGAAAACCCAUCCGAACAGUAUGUACAUGGAUGCAGUGGUGCGUAUGACAGUACUCACCACCAAUACUCAAUGGGGAGUGAUGUUAUGGAUGAGACACUGGUUACUCAAGCUCAUAUAAUCACUAGUAUUACCCAUUCCCAGUAGAAUGGAAGUUCUGUCCUGGACGAUAUACAUGCAGCCUUCUCAGACUCAAGUCUCUGUCAUGCAGGCUGGAUCAUGUCUCCUGACGUGUGACACGUCGGAUCACUCUUCUCCUGAUGAGAUUUGUUCAGUUUGCUUCUGUUGUCUGUUGUUUCUCGAGUGUGUCACGAGGACAGCCAUAUGUUUCUCCUUUCUGUAAGACAUUAAGAAAGCUCUUCUUUAAUAAGUGGAAAUUGUUAUUAUUUCUCUUUCUGUUAAUUCCACGAUGUUUCCACCAGAGCUUGCCUGGUUGUAUAAGUCUUGCAUUGUUUAAUGAGAACAAAAAGCCUUCACCCCUUUUGUGUGUGAUUGUAUACUGUGACGUUUGCAACCAGGGAAGAACAUGUGGAAACUGUUGAAUAAACUCCUAGAGAAUGUAACCAAAACAUCUCCUGAUAUCUUGAUUAUUUGUCUAAUAGUUCCUAGUAUACAUGGCGUUGAUGACUCGGCCUCGCCAGUUUGUUCAAAGAACCAAGAAGAUGUCUUGGCCGUCUUCUCACUGUGAAUAAUGCACCUUUUGGUCACCAUAGAUUGUAACUAUGUUUAUGUUGUAAUAAAACAAUCU